AUGAAUCAGGCGACUCGUCGACUGACCCCGCCAUUCUCGAAAGAGAAUGCCCUUAUGCACGACGUUCGACGAGUUGCCCCAUUUCUGGAUGUAGGAAAAGACACCCACGCGUAUCUCGAGACGGAUCUACACACUCCGCGGCUAGACAAGAUCUAUUCCUUCUUAUGGCUAGCCGGCCUCCCACGACCUGCCCGACCCCUUCAUCGACAAAACCUUCUAUUACGAACCAUUUACCUUACCGAGACCCCAGACGAACAUCUAGUGUGGCACGAUGCAUCAAUUUUUAUCAAGCCUAUGCCUGAUUAUCUUCUCGACUACGAGUUCUGGGAGCAAGAACUGUGCAAUGAUACAUCGCUUUAUGGAAGCGCAUACGGGUUGCUCGUGUCUUACGCCUGGCUCGUGCGACACAAGAGUGACCUGCGCGUCGCCAUUGAAGCAGGUCUCCUGCCAGUCGAUAUACACUGGAAUGACUGGGUCACAUUUGUCGCGGGUCUCAACAUACGGAGAGCUACGUCUCUCGCGACUUAA